UGCAACGGACAGCUGUUGCGCGCUCGUGCCGCUUGUUUGGUAUUCAGAGUCGUCAACGCCUCACUGCCGUCUGUCUGGUCGCGCAAGACCGCAGACUAGGGAAACGCUAGACAGUGUGACGCCGUUGUGGCAAAGGCGCAGUGCAUGCAAGUGAGCAUCACAUAUGGCUGUGUUGUUUUGAAUGACGCGGUUGGGUUGACUGAGUGCCGGACAAUUUCCAAACUCAUUAAGUGUGCAAAGGAAGAGUAUUCUCUGCAAAGUGUCGUGGCGUGUAUCGAAAAGUUAAUCUUCGCGACGCGCGUGGGCCGCAGCUGAUAAGCAACGUGUGUCAAGUCAAUCACAAGCGCGAUAUUUCAUUGCAAGAAGCAGCGUUCAUAGCAGCGUAUCCUCUCGAAAGGGACUGGCCUGUGGUACGCGGGGCCAGGAUUUAUGCUUGUUCGGGGGGUAGACGCGUCUAUGCAAAUUGAGUAACGUGUGUGUUCUCAUAACCGUGUUGCGUUAUACUACAAAAUUGGUUGGCCGCAAGCGCGGAGGUGUGAAUGAAAUUCCGGCCGGUAUAGCAGACAGCACAUUUUUCAUUUUUCUUGUGACGCGCGCGCGUUAAAUUGCUACUCCACUUUUCGAUCCGUUCAUUGGUUUGGUCGCAGUGCAUUCCGGUGUUGAUUGUGUUGUGUCUAUGUCGGAUUUGUUUUUCUGUUCGCGCUAGCUGCAGACGUCGUACGUCGCUCUAUACCCCAUUGGGCAAUUAGCGUGCAUUCGUGUUGUCGUUUAAUUAAAACUAAAAAUUCCACUGGAAUACAAAUUAGCCGGAGGGUCGUAUGUACGAGGCCGUGGUUGCAUGCAGCACGUGCUCAGGCCACUGUCUUGGUCGUUUCGUUUUUGUUGCCGUUGCCACAAUUGCAAAGUGCCUACUCGCCAACUUGCCUAGCAGUGUUGCGUGCUGGCCAACCGCUGACUGAAAAUAAAAACAACCAAAGCCCCCAACGGCAGUGAAGAAUAUUGCUAAUAGGAAGUGUUGCAAGUGUUAAUCGGGCGCGUGUGACUUGAAUACGUGAAAAUUCGCCUUGUUGUGUUGCAUGCAACGCAUCUAGGUAUACACCGACCAGCCAUAGAAUAAAAAAAUACAAAAAAAAAUAAUCAGCACACAUAGAAUAAUGCGCACCAGUGAAACCAUGUUGGCGACAACAACACCGCACACCGCCGUCAAAGCCAACUAUAGAGGCAUGCACAUCGUGCAAACGAUACCAGUCAUUGUCUACAUCUGCAUUUGUAUGCUCGGCUAUGCGCUGCACCCAGCUGCGGCUGCCUCCUCCUCCUCCUCCAGCUCUGCGCAUUCCAACAGCGAUCCCUGUUACUUCGAAGGCAAGCCACGCAAAUGUCUGCCCAGUUUUGUGAAUGCGGCCUACGGGAAUCCCGUCCAGGCGUCCAGCGUUUGUGGCGCGAACAAGCCCGAGCGCUUCUGCGAAAUCAAUCGCGAUGGUUCGCUGAGCGAGUGUGACAUGUGCGACAAUACCAAGCCCGAAUCGCGUUUUCCCGCUAGCGCGCUAACUGAUUUGAAUAAUCCCAAUAAUGUGACGUGUUGGCGUUCGGCUAGCGUGCCUGUGCCGGCUGAUUUAGACACUGCGCCGCCAGACAAUGUCACGCUCACCCUAUCGUUGGGUAAGAAAUAUGAAUUGACCUAUGUGAGUUUGUCGUUCUGUCCCAAGUCGCCACGUCCCGACUCGUUGGCCAUUUAUAAGAGCUCCGAUUUCGGACAAACUUGGCAACCUUUUCAAUUUUACAGUUCACAGUGCUUGAAAUUCUACGGACGUCCAGAUCGCGCCAAAAUCAGCAAGUUCAAUGAGCAAGAAGCGCGUUGUAUAGAUUCACAUCGCGAUGGUACAACCAACCGGUUCGCUUUCAACACACUUGAAGGUCGUCCCUCGGCCAAUGACUUGGACGCAUCGCUGGUGUUGCAAGAUUGGGUUACCGCCACAGAUAUACGUGUUAUUUUCCAUCGACUCGAACUGCCACGUGAAUUGGCUGCGGCACAGGCAAAGGAUGCGGCUAAACCAGAUGCGAAUAGCUUUAGCGAUGAGAUGGGCAGCAGCCAGGAAGAUGAAGACGAUGAGGAGGAGGAUGAUGAGUACGACUACAAUGUACAAGGCAAUGAUAGCACUUAUGAAGAUGAAGAAUAUGCGGCCGAGCCCAAAAAGCAUUUGGAGCUGGACGAUGAUGAUGAUUUAGAUCUUGACUAUCCGAACGAUGGCAGCAGCAGCAGCAGCGGCAUCAGCAUCGUGCCAGAGGUCAAACGCCAUAAUACCAAGACUAAAUUGUCCGCUUACGAGAAGCAUUACCAAGCUAAAUCCGCGCUUGCUGCAGCGGCAGCAGCUGCGGUCGCAAGCACCACAAAAGCGGCCACCACAACAGUGGACAAAAAUGCCGACAUCGGCAGUGAUGGCAAAGCAACAUUCAAGCCCCGCGCUAAGGAGCUAUUGGCCGUAUCGCAGCACUAUGCUGUGUCUGAUUUUGCGGUUGGUGGGCGCUGCAAGUGCAACGGGCAUGCAUCUGAAUGUGUGGCAACAGUGAGUCCGAAUGAUGCCCUUCCACAUGUAUACAAUGCUGGCGAUGACUUCGAUGGCGCUGUUUCCACAGUGCUCGUACAUAGCUACAGCAAUAGCAAUAACAAUAAGAACAAUCCGAAUGUGAAUGUCAAGUUGACAAUGACGUGCGCUUGCAAGCACAACACAGCCGGACCAGAAUGUGAACGCUGUAAGCCGUUUUACUUCGAUCGUCCAUGGGGACGUGCAACGGACACCGACGCCAAUGAAUGCAAAAUGUGUCAAUGCAAUGGACAUGCGCGUCGUUGCCGUUUUAAUUUGGAACUUUACAAGCUGUCUGGCCGUGUUUCGGGAGGAGUCUGCUACAACUGUCAACACGACACCACCGGCCGUUAUUGUCACUACUGUCGCGAGGGCUACUACAGGGAUGCAACCAAACCGGCCAAUCAUCGCAAGAUCUGCAAACGCUGCGAUUGUCACCCUGUAGGCUCCACAGGCAAAACCUGCAAUCAUCUAAGCGGACAAUGCCCAUGCAAAGAGGGCGUAACUGGACUGACUUGUAACCGAUGUGCGCGCGGCUAUCAACAGACCAGAUCCCAUGUGGCGCCCUGUAUAAAAUUACCGACCAAAGCGAAUAUGAUACAAGCGGAGAGUGCAGUUAGCGAGUAUCGCGAAUCAGGCGGAGCCGAUGAUGAAAUGAAAAAAUAUUGUGGCAAAUGUAAGGCCAGCCCGAAAAAACUCAAUUUGAAUAAAUUCUGCAUGGAGGAUUACGCCCUUUUGGCAAAAGUCAUUGGGCAUGACCGCGCCUCACAGGAUAUCAAUACGGAGAAAUUUUCGAUUGAACGACAAAAUGAAAUUUUCAAAUACGAAAUAAAUAUACAAACGAUUUUCAAGCGGAACCCUUUGCAGGGUACGACGAGUUCGCUGCUGGGCAGAGGGCAUAUGAUGUGGCUAGUGCCGCGUAAGAGUCUCGAAUGCCAGUGUCCCAAAAUAAAGUUGAACAAAUCAUAUCUCAUACUUGGACGUGAUGCGGAAGCCGCACCCGGCUAUCUAGCCAUCGGCCCCAGUUCGGUGGUGCUCGAAUGGAAGGACGAAUGGUCGUUGCGCAUGAAACGCUUCCAGCGGCGAGCGCGUAAAUGCAGUUGAAUCGAACCGGAAACGGAAUAUGUCAGAGCGGAUUUUAAUUUCAUACAUUUGGAUAGAUAUCGUUUCUUGUAUAAAUUGUACAGUUUACUCAAAUUUUUGACAUUCUUCGGUAUUAUGCUAUAAAUACAAGAGUACGUAGAAAAAGAAAAACAACCAACACACACACACAUAAACAAACAAAAAACAAUAAUAACAAAAAAAGGAAUAUAUAAACAAAACAUUAAGCCAUAUUUAUGCAAACUAUAAAUAAAUAAUGCAAAGCUCAUAAGAAAACGCAAAGGCAACAAAAUCAACAACAACAACAGAACACACUCAUGCUCAUAUAGUACAUACAUAGUACAAUGCAUGCAUACAUAAUUGAUUAAGUACGGAGAGCGCAAAGUAUUAACCGUCGAGAGUAAUUAAAAAAAAAAUUAAUUGAAUUGGAGCGAAAAAAUCGAUUUCAUAAAUAUGACUUCAAUAAUUUAUAAACUUGAUUAAUCAGCAUGCACACACACAACACGAAAGCAUGCAUGUGGGAGGCUAAAUAAAAUGUAGGCGCUCUAAAUUUAAAGCUUUUAAGCUUUAAAUUUUAUACUUUAAAUUUGAAUUUUGCUAUUAGUCAGCAAUUCGCUGCUCUUUCAGAUUGCAAACAUUUUGCUUUUUUUACAUAUGCAUGUAUGUAUGUACUUGGAUUAGGCUGCGCCACGUUCCAUACAAUGUAAAAUAUUUUCUAAAUACCCAAGCGAGUUAUAAAAAUUAUAUAAAUUGUUUAUCUUCCACCAAAAUAUUUCGGCUUAAUCAGCGUCAUUCAUAAAGUUUUUUUUAGAAAAAAAAAUUCUAUCAUAAAACAUUUUUCAAGUUAUAAGUAGUGCACAUACGUUUACACUAGCAAAUUAGCUGUCCGAGAAUAUCAGGGAAUGGUAAAAUGAUGUUUCCACGACAAGUGAUUCGCUCUUCCAUUCGCAAUUUGUGGGUAAUUCAGAUUCAAUUAUCAUGAGAAAUUUAACGAAACCAUUUGUCAAAACACAUAGACCACACACAUUCCCAUCAUCACAAAUAUCGAAAAAAACGUUAGAUUUAUUAAAACAAUUGAACAAUAAACAAAACAAAGAACAAGAAACAUAGAUGCCAAGCGAAUUACGAAUGGAUCGUGUAAACAGGGGAAUUCGCCGUUCGUAACUGGGAGAGCGAACAACGUAAUUCGGUUGUCGUGGAAACGCCUUGACUUCUAAGGACUUACGGUGGAAAAACGACCCGUUUGAGCAAUAAAAAUCCAUAAGCGGCUAAUCUAUAUUCGGGAAUGAGAAACUUAAUCUCGCAAAACCUGAGCAGCUGAGUAGCAGAUAUUGAGGUGAUUCCACCCUCCAUACUUUGAGCUUGAGUGGCUGUUGAGCCUUACCGCAUAAAUUCCGAUCGGACAAUGACGGCAAGAAAUCUCAUCAGUAACACAGACGUUAAUUGUUAAAUUUGAACAGCGUCCUUGACAGCCGUCGUUUAAGGAGGGACCCCUCACGUUGAAGUCCAAGGUCAGCGUUUGCUGAGCUAACCUGUUCAGAAGUAAGCAUGCAGACAGUGGAAACCUCAAAAUUUGCUUCUCAAAGGGUUUUUCUUUCAUGCAGUUACCUUGCGAUAUACAUAUACACAGUGGCGGAUUUACCGUAAAGGCAACAUAGGCAGGUGCUUAGGGCGGCAAAAUUUAGAGGCGGCCCUUAGCUGCAGUAGAAUUUGUGUUUGUACAUUUGAAGACAUAAAUUUGAGAUUCAAUUAUGCAAUGAGAAAAAAGGACAACACUGUUGGGUAUUUUUGAUAUUAUUUAAAUGAUAAUGUUUAAAAACACAAAUUUAGUGUUUUUGAGAUUAUAACUUAUCAAGUGAGAAAACUUUGUUGAUGAUGGCUUUCUUUAAAAAUUGAAAACCUUUACUCAAGGGAAAUACAACUUUUUCAUCUUAAAUUGUAAUAAAAGUAUAGUAAAUAACACAAAUUUGAACAUUUCUAUUUACUGCUAAUGGUUCCAAAACUGGUACUUUUACCUCAAAAUAUUUUGCUUGCCUAGGGGUGACAAAUAUUCAAAUCCGCCACUACAUAUACAUUGUUGUCGCCUGGAAUCCAACUAACCUUGAUAGUAUUUCAUAUGAUUCAAUCAUCAAACGUAUCAUGGUGUUAUAUCGGCCCUUAUUGCCAAAUGGCCAUCAAAAUAUAUCUUAAUAUCCAUAAAUGGUAUAAUAUUUGGAAGCAUCCAGUUCGCUGCUUUCUUUCUAGCGGCUACCUCUGCUGGAAAACAAUACUGAGAUCCGAAAGCCUAAAUUAUGGAUUAGAUGGAGAUUACUUCGCUGAAUACACAUCCGAUAACUUUUCCUUGGUCCUUUUCAGUGGCCCUUGAAUGAGAUAUGAGUGAUGUAUCCACUCGCUCGCACCGUCGGGAUGCAGUGCUCGGUUCGUGGCGACAUGAACUCCAA